GAAAACCAGGAAAGAGCAGGAAAAUAGAGAGAAGAAAAAAGUGUCGUGUCUCGGCCGCAGCUCUUCGCAGGGAAGCGACGAGUGAAGAAUUCCACGCUGCUCUCACUGCGUAAGAAUCCGUUUAUCGUGAUUUCUGCAAUUCCAGUUCCUCCAUUUUUCCUUUUCUUUGUAUGUCACUUCCAUGCAGAACUUGUCAUGAAUUCCAUCCUGAAUUUUACUUCACUUCCCUUUUAUUUGUACUAAACGACUUCCGUUUCGAUUUUAGGCUUUAAUUUAUAGUCUUGAAUUUGAAAUAGGGGUCUCCUAAAGUUGUUCUGCAAAGUAUUCUAAAGUUAGGGCUUUUUCUCAACUUUAGGGUUCUCACCUUUUUUGUUAGGGUUUUGAUUCUGGAAGGGUUCUUCAGAAGCUAUUGAUAUGAAAACUUAGGGGUUUUCUGGUUCUGGACUGUGGAUCCUUUUCGGUUGUUUGUUAAACAGUAGUAUUUUGGGUUGUGAUGGCUGUGAAUAACAAUAAUCCACCCAAGAACCUUGGGGCUUCUUCGUCGCCCUUUGGGAAUGCCGGAAUGGGUUCUCCUGCUAUGCCUGCAAACCCUGUGUUCUCGCAACCGCAAGCUCAGGGGCAAAUUGGGGGUGGCUUUCAGGGUCAGUUUCAGCUGUCCCAGGCUCAUCAAGCCCAUGUCAUUGCCCAGGCACAUUCUAAAGCACAAGCUCAUGCCCAAGCUCAAGCGCAGGCUGCCCACGCCCAGUUCCAAGCUCAGUUACAGGCUCAAGGAAUGACCCUUAAUCAGUCCCAAGGCAUUGGGAUUGGGAAUAUGGGUGGAUCUUCGCCCUCCAUAGGAGCACCCGGCAAUUCAAACAUGAAACGGGCUUUGCAGAAGCCUCCAGUACGCCCUCCUGGCCUUUUAGGUGCUAAUACUAUCUCUCCUUUGAAAGUCAUGGAACUUACACCUGCUGCCCGCAGAAAGAAGCAGAAGCUUCCAGAGAAGCAAUUACAAGAUAGAGUGGCAGCAAUUCUGCCAGAGUCUGCUUUGUACACACAACUCCUUGAGUUUGAGAGUCGAGUUGAUGCUGCUCUAGCUAGGAAGAAAAUUGACAUUCAAGAGGCACUUAAAAACCCUCCUUGUGUUCAAAAAACUCUUAGAAUUUAUAUUUUCAACACUUUUGCUAAUCAGAUUCGCACAAUUCCCAAGAAGCCAAAUGCAGAGCCACCUACCUGGACCCUCAAGAUAAUUGGGAGGAUCUUGGAAGAAGGGGUAGAUCCUGACCAGGCUGCAAUGCUCCACAAAGCAAAUGUCUCAUACCCAAAAUUCUCGUCUUUCUUCAAGAGAGUCACCAUUUCCCUAGACCAGAGACUAUAUCCUGAUAACCCUAUUAUUAUAUGGGAGAAUGCUCGAUCCCCAGCACCUCAUGAGGGCUUUGAGGUAAAGAGAAAGGGGGAUAAAGAAUUUACUGUGAAUAUACGGUUAGAAAUGAAUUAUGUGCCUGAGAAGUUUAAGCUUUCUUCAGCUUUGAUGGAAGUUCUUGGUAUUGAGGUUGAUACACGCCCAAGAAUUAUAGCUGCAAUCUGGCAUUAUGUGAAGGCUAGAAAAUUGCAGAACCCCAAUGACCCUUCAUUUUUCAAUUGUGAUCCGCCUCUUCAGAAAGUGUUUGGGGAAGACAAGAUGAAAUUCACCAUGGUAUCACAGAAGAUAUCACAGCAUUUGUCUCCUCCGCAACCUAUACAUUUGGAACAUAAGAUCAAGCUUUCGGGGAAUUGUCCAGCUGGAAACGCGUGCUAUGAUGUGUUGGUCGAUGUCCCCUUUCCAAUACAGAAGGAAUUGUCUGCUUUAUUGGCUAACACGGAGAAAAACAAAGAGAUCGAUGCAUGUGAUGAAGCAAUUUGUUCUGCUAUAAGAAAGAUACAUGAACACCGUCGGAGGCGGGCAUUCUUUCUUGGGUUUAGUCAAUCUCCUGUGGAAUUUAUUAACACUUUGAUUGAAUCUCAAAGCAAAGAUCUGAAGCUAGUGGCUGGGGAAGCUAGUCGCAAUGCUGAAAAGGAGCGGCGAUCGGACUUCUUCAACCAGCCAUGGGUUGAAGAUGCUGUCAUUCGUUAUCUGAAUCGCAAGCCAGUUGCUGGAAGUGACGCUCCUGGGAGUACAUGAAAAGGUUAAUUGUUGAGCUGCUGAUAGGCCAGUAGUUUGUCAUUUCUUCUUCUGACUUCAUAUCUAUGGAUCAUUUUGACGUCAUUUUGGGAGUUGCACAGAUUUUAUCUGAUCUUUUAUGCUGUUGAUGGAAAGGAAUGUUGGGUGCUCAUAUAAGAAAAUUUGCUCUGUAAACUAUUUAGAAUGAAAAUGAUGAGCAUGAUUAAGGAGUGAACAUUGUAGUGGUAUGAUGCUGUCUUCGUGCAGAAUGUUUAAUUUAUAAAUGAUAGAUUCUUUCUCUGUUUGAAGUUUCCUUUUCUAUCAACUUAUAUCAUGGAGGUUGAAACAUUAUGAAUGUAGAAAUGUCUUCUAAUGAAAGACAUCCCUUUGGAAAUCAUCUUGAUUUCCUACUUAAUUGUAUCUAAACAAAGAGAGUGGCAAA